AUGUGCGGUGAUCGUGUUCCAAUGGUUAUCGCACGACUCGACGGUCUCAUCCGGCACCAGAAAGAUGGUACGAUUCACUGCAGGGGCAAGGCCAUUAACAUUCUUAAUUUCAGUGUCCGCUGAACUUCUGGCCGCAGCUGCUGCAGCUCGUAAGAAGUCUUCAGGCUCGGCGACCGGCGAUUUGCUCAAUGCUCACAAAGGUGGAAGCGGACAAUCCAGAACUCCCCCGGCUCCGAGAAGAGCGGCUAACAGAAGACAGAGGGCCGUCAGUGACUUCGGAGCGAUAGGAGAUGCUCUGCCGACUCUCGAUGGAGAUAAUCUGAUCAACAUCAAGGCGAUUUCGGGACUCCAUUUGGAUGAAUCAGAUGAAGAAAAGGGCGAGUACCGUCUGCCGACUACCUCGAUGUACGCGUUCGAUCGAGAUGAUGAUCUGCAGCAGUCGGUUAAGGAAACGAAGAAAACGACCCCGGAGCCAAAGGGCGGAGAAAUCCGAAAAUACCGUUACGCAAGACGUUCCAACCUGGAAAUCGCGGAAGAAAUUGAAGAAGAGCCUGUGGAUUCCUCAGACGACGAAGAACAUAUAGACGAGGGAAAACGCGUUAUCGACGUACGAAUUCAACCUAAGUCCAAUGCUCAACUUGUCAUUUCAGGUCGAGCUUGAGAGAAACGAAAACGGAUCUCUCGGUGUGCAAAUCGCUUCGCUCGGUGGCCGUGUUUGCAUCAAGCAGCUCACUUCCGAACCUGCCAUUUCUCAUCCAGAUAUCCGUGUAGGAGACGUACUCCUCUACGUAAAUGGAAUUGCCGUCGAAGGAAAAGUUCAUCAGGAAGUGGUUUCGAUGCUCCGUGGAGGCGGCGAUCGGGUUGUGCUCGGAGUGCAGCGACCGCCGCCGGCUUACUCGGACCGCGCGAGUGUCUCUCCGGCUUCCGCGCAACUGAUUUCAGUUAUUUUGCAAAAGAAACCAAUGGGAACUUUAGGUGCGAAUCGGAGCAGUGUUCAUUGACAAUAUUGCUGUGUUUCAGGAUUGUCGUUGGCAAAGAGAACCAUGAGCGACGGCAUCUUCAUCAGAAACAUUUCUCAAGAUUCGGCAGCCGCCCACGAAGGAACACUGCGAGUCGGCGACCGACUCAUCUCCCUGGACGGAGAACCCGUUGACGGAUUCACUCCGGCGACGAUUCUGGAAAAACUGAAACUGGUGCAAGGUCCGGUUCAAAUCACAGUAACGAGGGAUCAGGCCUCGGACUAA